GUCCUGUGGCACUGACCUGUGCUGCAUUCAGCUGCUCGCACAGUGAUAUAAAGCCCCAAUAUGCACAUUGUUGUUACAUCACAGCUACUGUGGAUACUGUACUGGAGCAUGGAACCAGUCCAUAGGGAUUCAGGUGAUGUAUCACCCAUCAGCAUGUCUCCCAUCAGUCAGUCACAGUUUAUUCCACUUGGGGAAAUCCUUUGCCUGGCCAUCUCAGCAAUGAACUCUGCCCGAAAACAAGUCACACAAGAAGCACUAAUGGAGCACCUAACAACCUGCUUCCCAGGAGUUCCAACACCCAGUCCAGAAAUCCUUCGACAUACCUUGAAUAUGCUUGUACGGGAGAGGAAAAUAUACCCAACUCCAGAUGGUUAUUUCAUUGUAACCCCACAGACUUACUUUAUAACACCAUCUCUCAUAAGAACUAACAGUAAAUGGUACCAUUUGGAUGAGAGGAUACCUGACAGGUCUCAAUGUACCUCUCCGCAACAAGGAACUAUAACUCCCUCCACCUCGGGAUGCGUCAGGGACCGAACACUACCCAAAAACCACUGCGACUCCUGCCAUUGUUGCAGAGAAGACAUGCACAGCAUGCAUGCAUCUACCCUACAGAGGAAAUCAGCAAAAGACUGUAAAGACUCCUACUGUCCUCCUUCAUUAUGUCAGGUCCCACCUACUGAGAAAAGUAAAAGUACUGUCAAUUUUUCUUAUAAAGCGGAGACGCUCACAAAGCCUAAGGAUGUAGAAAAGCAGUCUAAGAAAUUUGGACUCAAAUUAUUCCGAUUAAGUUUUAAGAAGGACAAGACAAAACAGUUGGCAAAUUUCUCUGCCCAGUUUCCUCCAGAGGAGUGGCCGCUAAGGGACGAGGACACCCCUACCACUAUACCUAGAGAGGUAGAAAUGGAGAUUAUCAGGCGCAUUAACCCAGACUUGACUGUGGAAAAUGUCAUGAGGCACACUGCACUAAUGAAGAAACUUGAAGAAGAAAAAGCUCAACGAAGCAAAGCAGGAUCUUCAGCUCACCACAGUGGACGAAGUAAAAAGAGCAGGAAUCACAGAAAGUCUCAUGGGAAAUCGAGGUCGCACAGCAAGACUCGGGUGUCCAAAGGAGACCCAUCAGAUGGUUCUCAUUUGGAUGUACCUGCUGAAAGGGAGUACGAGUUCUAUGAUCCCUUGGCUCGAUCCCCACGGGAAGGCUGUUUUAUAAUAGAACACAAGGGAGAUAAUUUUAUAAUGCACAGCAAUCCUAACAUGAUUGAAUCUCACUUUCCCAUGACACCAGAGUGGGACGUAUCCGGUGAGCUGGCCAAAAGAAGAACUGAAAUGCCUUUCCCCGAGCCUUCCAGGGGAAGCUCCCACUCCAAGGUCCAUCGGAGCCACAGCCAUACACAGGAUAGAAGAUCGAGGAAUGAGCGGUCCAGUAAGGCUAAAGAAAGGUCGAGAUCCAUGGAUAACUCCAAGGGGCCUCUGGGCUCAGCUGCUUUAGGCACACCUGAAGAUAUAGGUGAAGGCUGUAGCCCAGAUGACCAAACAACUAGCCAAACUUACAUUGAUGAUAGUACCUUAAGGCCAUCUCAGUCGCUCAGUCAUCAAAGGGCUCUGAUUUCAUCUGCAAGCUACAAAGAGACUUGCAUCCCUGAAAUAGCUAGUGGCAGCGUAGAAACCCCCAGUUCUUGUAGCCUAUUGGAACAAAGCAAGCCUACAGAGAAUUUGCCAUCAUAUAGCGAGCUCAACUCCAGCACAACAAAAUCCGCAGUUGAUGACUAUUUUCAGUGCAACACAUCCAGUGAGACUGUGCUUACUGCUCCAUCACCACUGGGAAAGAAUAAAGAGGACCAUGAUACGCUGACAGGGACAGAUGCGCUCAAAAAAAUGACUCCCACAGAAAGGCAGUCUCAGCAUAUUGCUAGGGAGCCUGGGGUGCACAAAGAGGAGUCCCCAAAGGGCCCGAGCAGUGGUUCAGCUGUUGCUGGCCAAACUCCAGAGGUGAUUGCAAAUGGACGGCUGGUUCAACACCAUAGCGCUGAAUCAAGCAGCCUUGAUAAAAGGAAAGAAAUAUUUAGCAAGGAUACACUCUUUAAACCUCUGAAAAAGAAUAGUUACCAUAAGUCUAGCACACCCCUGCUAAAGCCCCAUCAAAAGACCCCCUCUGACACCUUGCCAGUCAGAUGUGAGAAACUUGAACAAGUGAUAGUAACCUCAGUCACACAAGUCAUGCCCGUUUCACAGAGACAGCAAGAGACAACUGGGAACCAGGAGGCCUCCUUCGACUACUACAACGUAUCUGAUGACGACGACUCAGAGGAAGGAACCAACAAAAAUGCUGAGGAAGAAAAGAACAGGGAUGAUGUUGGUACGAUGCAGUGGCUCCUAGAGAGAGAAAAGGAGAGGGAUCUGCAGCGAAAGUUUGAGAAGAAUCUUACUCUUCUCACCCCGAAGGAAACAGAAAAUAGCAACAACCAGAGAGCCACCCACUCAGCCCGCCUGGACAGCAUGGACAGCAGCAGCAUUACUGUGGACAGCGGGUUCAACUCUCCACGUACUCGUGAGAGCCUGGCAUCCAACACUUCAAGUAUUGUUGAAAGCAACAGACGUCAGAACCCUGCUCUGAGCCCUGCACAUGGUGGGGCAGGCCCAACGUUCAACUUCCGAGCCGCUGCUGACCCACCAACAAGUGAAGCUGAGAAACUGCAGAAACCUGCUAACUGCCUGCAAGCUUCUGUCACUAGUGUCUGAUAGUCAUCCCGCCUCAGAUCUUCUGUCUCAUCCUAUACAGCAAAGUUUACGACACUGGGACUGAUGUUUACAUCUUUGGGGAAAA